CAACGCCUAUGGCCAAGUCAAGGAGAUCCUCCACCUCCUAGCGCCUAGCCUAGGCGCGCUUUCUUGAACCCUGGAUAAUACACACUAGCUUAUAUUUCGAUAUUAAUCGAUAUUUUGAAAUAUACUGAUCUCAAUUUUGCAAUCCCUAUAACUCUUGAAAUUCAAUCUCAACCUCAAUUUGGUUCCAAUCCCAAUAAAUAAUACAUGUAUUUGAUAAUAUCAAAUAUUAAUAAAUUUGAUACGAUAAUCAUUAUAUUUCAAAUACCGGUACCAAAUUUACAGAGACUUUUAUCUAGCAUGCUGAGGCCCAGCAUAAGCACAUAAGACCAAGAUUGUCAACCCCCGGGCUGACCCGGAACCGGUCGAGCUAGUGGGUCAAGGGUUAAUGGGUCACCCGGUUUAGCUCGGUUUAGCCUGGAAAUAUGGAAAGAAUCAUUAUAAUGUACUUAUCCUUAUAAAUGAUAUCAAAUCUCAUCUAACAUAUGAGUUAUAACAUAUAAUAUUACACCAAAAAUUAACAUGUUGUACUUAUAUCCAGCAUAUAGUGAAAAUUCACACACACUUAUUUAACAUCAAUAUUCAAAUGUUCAACUUAGGAUUCCAAAAAUGGAGUUAGGUGAAAAGAAAAAUCGGAAAAUAGGCGCAUUUCGCAAACCAACGAAAAAAAUGACACAAUUUAACCUCGAAUCCGAUACUUUGUAGCGGUCGACCCGUCAGUUGCGUGCAACCCAUUUUUCUCACUUGACCAGGAUGAAAGUGGGUCCACCCGACCAGCGGGUUGACAACUUUGCAUAAGACCAAACUACGCCGUAAGCUAGCGAUAGCCGCAGAAGAAAAAACAUAUAGGUAAAAGAAGAAUUCGAGGGAGGGGAAAAUUAGGUUCUAGGGCAAUCUUUGUUACAUACUGGGUUGGCGCUUCGCUUUUGCUCGUAACACUCGCUGUUAGAAGCAAGGAAACGCAGCUCGGUACAACUCACUCUUUCUUGAAACAGAUCCCUCCAAAAGGUACCAACCGAGAGGAACAGAUUCGCUGUUUCUAGGGUUUUACGGUUCCCCGGCGAAGAAGUAUUGCGAGAGAAAAUGGGGUUCUCAAUGCAGCCUUACGGCAUACAAUCAAUGCUCAAAGAAGGGCACAAGCAUCUCUCCGGUCUCGACGAAGCCGUCAUCAAGAACAUCGACGCCUGCAAGCAGCUCUCCACCAUCACCCGCACCUCUCUCGGCCCUAACGGUAUGAAUAAGAUGGUUAUCAACCAUUUGGACAAGCUGUUUGUUACUAACGAUGCGGCCACCAUCGUGAACGAGCUUGAAGUUCAGCAUCCUGCUGCCAAGAUUUUGGUCCUUGCUGGGAAAGCUCAGCAGGAGGAAAUUGGGGAUGGAGCUAACUUGACCAUCUCUUUCGCUGGCGAGCUACUUCAGAAUGCUGAAGAACUCAUCCGGAUGGGCCUGCAUCCCAGUGAGAUCAUUAGCGGCUACACCAAGGCCAUUGUCAAGGCGAUUGAAGUAUUGGAUGAAUUGGUAGAGCAAGGGUCGGAAACUAUGGAUGUGAGGAGCAAAGAGCAAGUUGUUUUCAGGAUGAGGGCUGCUGUUGCUAGCAAGCAAUUUGGGCAAGAAGAUGUUUUGUGCAGUCUUAUUGCUGAUGCGUGCAUACAAGUUUGCCCCAAGAACCCAGUAAGCUUCAAUGUGGACAGUGUCCGUGUUGCAAAGCUUGUGGGAGGAGGCUUGAACAAUAGUUCCAUAGUUCGUGGAUUGGUCUUGAAAGGUGAUGCUGUCGGUACGAUCAAGAGAAUAGAGAAGGCUAAGGUUGCUGUAUUUGUUGGUGGUGUUGAUACAGCUGGAACUGAAACCAAAGGAACUGUCCUAAUUAACACGGCUGAACAGCUACAAAAUUAUGCAAAGACUGAGGAAGCUAAAGUUGAGGAGCUUAUUAAGGCAGUAGCUGAUUCUGGUGCUAAAGUUAUUGUCAGUGGUGCUGCAGUUGGAGAGAUGGCCCUACAUUUCUGUGAACGAUACAAACUUAUGGUCUUAAAGAUCAGCUCGAAAUUUGAAUUGAGACGAUUUUGUCGCACAACUGGCUCUAUUGCAAUGUUGAAGCUUAGCGCACCAAACCCAGAUGACUUGGGACAUGUAGAUUCGGUUUCAGUUGAGGAAAUUGGUGGUUCAAGGGUCACUAUUGUGAGAAAUGAAGAAGGUGGAAACUCAAUAAGCACUGUGGUUUUGCGAGGCAGCACAGAAAGUAUACUGGAUGACCUUGAAAGGGCUGUUGAUGAUGGAGUGAACACCUACAAGGCAAUGUGCAGAGACAGCCGAACAGUACCCGGAGCUGCAGCUACUGAGAUCGAGUUGGCUAAACGAGUGAAGGAAUUCUCAUUUAAAGAAACAGGUUUGGAUCAGUAUGCGAUUGCGAAAUUUGCUGAAAGCUUUGAGAUGGUUCCAAAGACACUGGCUGAGAAUGCUGGUCUGGACGCAAUGCAGAUAAUUUCUUCUCUCUAUGCCGGACAUGCAUCUGGAAAUGCUAAAAUUGGCAUAGACUUAGAGAAUGGUGUUUGCAAGGACGUGACAGAGACCAAAGUUUGGGACCUCCAUGUGACUAAGUUUUUUGCUCUCAAAUAUGCUGCCGAUGCUGCCUGCACUGUGUUGCGAGUAGAUCAGAUCAUAAUGGCGAAACCAGCAGGUGGACCGAGGAGAGACCAACAGCCAGCCAAUGAUGAAGACUAGUUCUUAUGCAUCUCUUACGAAUUCCAUCAGUUUUGUCUUCUGUUUGUAUCUUAUUAUCCAGCAGAAUAUCGAUCCACUAGGGGUAGGAGUUAUCUCUCUAGUUUUGAUUUAGUUUUCAGCUGCCCAAACGAAUCAAACUUACCCCUUAAGUACAGUUUUGCUUGCCAUUAAGUAGAAUGAGGUUUGUUGAACUGUUGGCCUGGAAAUUCUACAGCUCUCGCGUUGAUUUUCUGGAAUCAUGUCCCUUGGAAUUCAUGGUAUGUAACUGUGGUGCAGCAGUUUACCUCGGCCAAUCUUUCCCAAAUUGCGAAAUAUAAUCCAAAAUAUAUAGUUAAUUAGACA